AGUUUCUUCUCUAAGCCGGAAACGGGAAGAGGGGGCAUGUGCCAUUCUAGUCCUUUCCGUCUCGCUGGUGCCUUGUCUCUGUCACGUGGUCGACGAUCGUCCUCCGCGCUUUCUUCUUUAUAUAUUAGGUCUUCGAUCCUCGCCUCUGCCGGCUGCUUUGUCACGUGACUUUUUUGUAGACGGGCUGCCGGCCUCGGGUUGGGCUGAACCGGGUGGAGCGAAGCCGAGCGGUGGUGGUGGAAGAGGAGAGAUGGCGGCGGCGGGGGGUCCUGGGAGAGAGCGGCAGCCGCCGGAGCCCCCACCACGGAAAGGGGGCACCACUUCAGAUCAAAUCCUUCAGACAGGAACUAUUCUUCUCAAGGGCUUUAUCAGGGACCGAGUGCAGAGCUGCGGUGACUCUGAACGUAUUGACGCAACAAUGGCAGAGCUUGGAGUUUCAGAGUCCCAGGUUUGUGACCCCAGCACCAAGCGGUUGAGUGAAUGCCUGCGCCGGAUUGGAGAUGAGCUGGAUGGGAACAUGGAGCUGCAGAGUAUGAUAGAACAAGUUCAGAUGUAUCCCCCCAAGGAAGUUUUUUUCCGAGUGGCUGCUGAGAUGUUCUCAGAUGGGACCUUCAACUGGGGCCGCGUGGUGGCUUUGUUCUACUUCGCCUGCAAGCUGGUCCUGAAGGCAAUUUGCACUAAACUACCUGAGCUCAUAAGGACUAUCAUCAGCUGGACAAUGGAAUAUAUCCAGGAUCAUGUCCUGACCUGGAUUCAAGCCCAGGGAGGAUGGGAAGGUCUCCUGUCCUACUUUGGCACUCCCACUUGGCAAACCAUUGCCGUGUUUGCUGCUGGUGUCUUGACUGCUUCGCUGACCUUCUGGAAGAUGUCUUAAUCCUCAGCCCCCUCCUAAGGGGGGGCAUUUUCAUUGUCGUGACAAAGGGGGGGCAGGUCCCCCCUAUUUCCUAAUCAAAGAAUGAAAAUGUGCUAGGAUUUUUUUCGGUCAUGGGCAGGGGAACUUUUUAAAACACAUGCUGUCGUGAUCUUGGUGCCUUUUUUAAAAAAAAGUGCACGCCUUUUUCUUCCAUCCAAGGAAUGUGUACUUUUGGGUUUGCUUUUUGCCUGUCUGUGCCUCUUAGGGUUAGAGGUCAGAGGACAUAGAGCUUGCCUAGGCUUUGGAAGCAAAGCAGAGAAUGAGAUGAUGGACGUGAGUACCUUGUUCUUAUUUGCUGGAGGGCCUGUAAACACUACUCAAUUCCUAUAUGUUGUUUUGGAAGAAGACUGUCAAACUUUUGCCCUGCCAAAAGCACUGGAUAUGUGUCCCGCUUUCCUCAGAUGAGAUUGAUUCUGCCAGAUCUGUGCAAGCAAGUUGUGUUGAUCUUCUUUCUCUCUUGACUUCCGUCUCAGAAAUGGAUUUUGGACAGAUCUCUGGAAAUGCAGAUUGAGAAAUCCUCAAGAGGAGGAAACCAAACUCUCUCCCUGCAGAACUUGAGAAAUUAUUUGAGCAGAUGGUGGUAGUUUGAAUUUCAGAUGGUUUUCAGGGUUUUUUUUAAAAGCAGAUCACUGAUCUGGAUAAGAUUCAACACCGCUGAAGAGGUGAAUUUAGGCAGAGGCUCUGCAGCAACGAUGUGUGUGUGUUUUGGUUUGUUUGUUUGUUUUUGAGGAAAUGUGCAUAACUGUAAAACGGUGGGAGUUUCAGAGCCAUGUUUCAUUCUACCGGAUCCGUCUGUUUUUCUAAAGAAACUCUAGGUGGUGCUAGAGAGAGGUGUUCAUACAUAGGCCAGCCUGUUCCAUAUCAAGAAAGCAGAAGUGCUUUCUAAAGCAAAUUGGUCUCCAAAUGGAACAGAAGGCAUUGCAAGAACACUUUAAUCGGCUUUGUUCUGUCCUGAUGCAAAAGAACUUCCAACUGCUGGAGAGGCCUUGGUGGCUUAGGAAGCAAAAGAAAUGUUUUUUUUGGGGGGGGGUUCUAUCUAUUCCACAAAGGUUUCUUAUCUCAUUGCUGGCCUCUUCUCCAUUCUUAUAUUUUAUCAGAUUAAUUGCUCUCCAGGAAUUUCUUAGGCAUUUCAUCUUGGCAAUAAGAGAAGAAGAAAGCACCAAACAAUUUGGGUACCAUUAUCCAGAGUGGAAUAUCUUAAUUAUGCCUGUGCUGGGGACAUCUGAGUCACACCACAUUCACACCGUACAUUUAUUCCACCAUUCUUCCACUUCAAACCAUCAUGGCUUCCCCAAAAGAAUCCUGGGAAGGGUAGUUUGUGAAGGGUGCUGAGAGUUGUUAGGAGACACCCCCUCCCCUAUUCUCCUCACAGAUCUACCAUUUUGAGAGUGGUUUAAUUGUUGGUCCCUCUUCCCAGAGAACUCUGGGAAUUGCAGGUCAGUGAGAGGAAUAGGAUGUCUCCUAACAACUCUCAGUACCCUCCACAAAUGACACUUCCCAGGAUUAUUUGGGGGAAGCCAGGAUCGUUUAAAGUGGAAGAAUAGUGGAGUAAACAUGGUGUGAACGUGGUCUCAGUGUGGCUUCUCUUCCUUCUCUCCCCAUUCCCCCGUGUGCACAAGAAGGAAUUGUGACUGCAUAUCUGCAUGCAGUAUGACACCCUGAAAUCUGUGUUGUUGCGUUGAUAAUGCAGCUUGGAAUGCAUGGUAUUCACCUUCAUGCUGAUUGGUGCUUCGAAACUAUUUCUUACUGUAAAGCAGGAAUUGGGGCCAGUCUUGGCCUGCACGGGGGUCCAAUUUGGCCCACAAGGCCAUUUAUCCCAAACCACGUCCACCUGUCAAUAAGCUGGUGUCAUUUGUGACAUCAGCAAGAGGGUGGGGUUAAUUGUUCCCAGCAGUGACCAGGCACAUGCAACAGGACUGAACCCCUGCUCAGCGGUUGAUGAGCGGGGGGGGGGGGGUAAAUUUUACUCAGUUUAGUUGCAACCAUCUCCCACAGGGUGAGGAGAAAUAAGCGCUUUGUCAGCCCUAAAACAGAGAGGUGUGUUCAUAGAGCUGCCAAAGGACUUCUUUUUCCCUUCCCACAGGGUGGCAGCAAAAGCAGCCGGCAUUUAAAAGGCGAGUGGGGGUUAAAUUCUCAGUUUGACUGCAGGGGCUCGUUCUCCAAAGGAACAGGCACACACAGCCAAAGAAAGCCUUUUAGAUGCAGCCUUCAAGAAGUACUUUGCCAGUCCUGUGAUCAGGGCCUCCCAAAGUGCUGAGCAUUGAGUUAGUAGUGCCCUGUGUGCUGCAGAUCCCAAGUACCUGCCAGCGAGCUGGCUGUUGGGUGCUUGGGGGCCCCACGCAAAGGAUUUCAACCCACUUGUCAAACACAUAGUGUCAUUAUAUCAUCACGUGAUUGACAGGCAGGCUGUACCACCCACAUGUAAAAUUUGGCCUGCAAGGCAGAUUCUGAUAAGGAAUCGUCCCUUGAAGCCAAAAUGGUUCCCCACCACUGCUGUAAAGGAAUGGAUCGUUUGUCUUUUCUAUAGUACAUCCAUAAUAGACUGGCCAUCAUAAUGUGUUCUCAGAAAUAUUUGUUACUGAUCAGUAUCUUCCUUGCUGUUCCAGAGAAAGUUGUUCAGGGCAGGUGGAGAGAGACAAGUGUGGGCCAUAGGACUCAUUGGGGGGACUAUCUGGCAAAUGGGAUGAAGUGCACGUGGGCCCUACAGAGCACCAGGCUGCUGGAACUGUUGAGCUUUAUCAGAUGGAUUGGGGACCGGGUUUGCACCAUAAGCAGCAAAAUCCACUUCCUGUAGGCCUCUUCUUUGUUAGGCAACUUUUCAGUCAUCAAUCCACCCCUCUUGCGGUGGAUGUGUUGUCUGCUGUGGCUGCAGAGAGAGAGAAUAGCAUACAUGUGCCCACUUGAAGGACACACAGUUUAGCCUAAGGCACAAGUGGCUGCCUGGAGUUGUUUAGCCUUCGUCACUACUGAAGUGAUGCUAUGCUAAAGCAUCAUAGUGUAAUGUUAGGACCGUCACAUCUGGCAAAGCAGCCCUCCCUGAUUCAGUGGUCCAAAUGUUGCUGAACUACAACUCGCAUGAUCCCUGGCCACUGGCCAGAUUUGCUGGGGCUAAUGAGAGUUGCAGUUCAGCAACAUCCAGGAGGCCAAAGGUUCUCCACACACAUCUGACAGCAAAGAAUGGUGCAAAAAGGAGCAGUGUUUGGCACAAGGGAAUCGGACAGCCUUCCCCCCAUCUCACGCCUUCCAGAUAGUUUGAACAAAAACUCCUAUCAACCCCAGCCAACAUGGCCCCACGGUGAUGGAAAUAGUAGUAAAAAAAAAUCUGAAAAACAUCGGCUUGGGGAAGGCUGGAUUAGGCAGUAGGUAGUGAAAUAAGUUGGUAAUAGGAGUCUGGUGGUUGUCAAGACAGGAAGGUUGUUUUUUCCUUUCCCCUGUUCGAAGAAAAGGCACAUGGGUAGACAGGGGUGUGCAUCAAUUGGCCAUGGCCCUACUGGAGCUAAUGAGAGAGGACCCAACAACAUCUGGAGGGUCAAAAGUUCCCCACAGCUUUUAUAGCAUCUCAUGCAAAACUUUCUGAUAUAGCUGAUGUAUCCUCUUGGCUGCUGCUGUGCACAUAUUUGGCAGCACAUCCAAUAAGAGCAAGAUUUGACAUCUGGAAGCACCCCCACCAACUUUCCUGUACAGCUGUUGGGCAAAUUGGUUCUGCCAGAUGUUACAUUAUGAAGCUGCUAGUGGGGAAACAUGAAGGUGGAAGUUUUGAUUUUUGGGGCUGAACAUCCAGUAGAGGUGAAAGUUAGGUCAGUGAGAACCAAUUGUACUUGAAUAAUUAUAUUGGGGAGGGCUUUUGUUACCUUUGGGGUUGGGUUAGGGGGCGUGUAAUGUCAAUAAGGGUGGGAAAAAAACAGGCAGACUCUUAGCUUUUUCUGAUGAAGGGGUGAGGAACAGGAAAAUGCAUAUUGAUCAGGAUGAUGGGGACCUGAUGUCAUUAUCUGGAGUCUUUGGUGCUGUGGAUUUUCUUGAUGUCAUGACUUUGGGAUUGUGGAGUCUGGAAGUGAGAAUUAACUAACCCGGGGUUUUGGGAGGGGAGGGUUCUGAUGUCCUGGAUUUUAAGUGCUUUGAUAAUUGAAGCUAUGAUUUUGUUUUCUUUCCCUGUUGCUCUUCCAAGGCCUCUGACUCUUUAAGGAAGUGCGGUUUAUGGAGCUAGAACAUGUUGGGUCACACUCCUGGGUUUAAACAUUGCCUUUGGUGGAUUAAGUUUCAUGACUGCUACUGUGGGACCUUGAUUGUUCAUAGUGGGAUGCAUUUCAAAUUAUGCCAAGAUCUGAGUGUGUAACCCUGGAUUUGUGUGUCUUCACGGGCAUGUGUCUUGCCCUUUAUUCUUGUUCCUAAAGCCCCGCCCUCCAUCGUGCUUCUCUCCCACAAAUCACUUUUUUCUUUUCUUUUUUGGGUGACUGGUCUUUUGUCUGUUAGCAUCUUCAGCUGUUCUCCUGUCAACCAAUGAAUUUACAGCUCUUCUUGUUUGUUUGAGCAAGUGCCAAAGGGGCUGCGGCAGAGCUCUGCGAGGUGUCCACAUUCACCAGCUUAAUCCCAUGGAGGAGGACUUGUUGAGCAUACAAAUGGUCUUGGCUGGCUGGACCCUCCAGUGUGCAGCUGACGGAGCAGACACUCUCCAUUAAAUCACAGCCUCCCCUUCUGCCCCAGAUCCCCUCAUGAAGCUCCUGCUAAUCAGGUCUGCUUCUGAAAUGGAGGAGAGCUGUUGGCAAAGGUUCCUUGAUGGCUUCAAGGCCAGUAAGGAGUAGUACGUUGAUGAUUGCUCGGCUACCAUCGGCCUUUUCCUGCUCCAUCCUCAAACCCUGCUUCAGGCUGACCCUGGGGCUUUCAGCUAUGGCUGGUUUUGUUUGAGGAGAGAGCGAGAGGGCGGAUGUGAUACUUCAAAGUGAGAGUCUAUGUUGGCCAUCUGGGCACAAUACUCUUUUUGCAACGCCUCAGAAUGGUGUCAGUAGGUUUGCCACCUCAGUGUCAUUGCAAAGUGCCAUGUUUUAUUGGCAAAUGAACAUUUAGCAUAUUUCUGGAUUUUGCUCUACUCCGCAAGAGAUCCACAGUCCUGGAGCAGAUGUUAGGCCUCAACUAAUAGGCACAGCCAACACCAAUCAUAUCUGGCUGUGACGAAGCCAGCCUUGUACUGUACCUUGAGGGGGGAUGGUUGUCUUAAAGCUUGAAGUUUAUUCAUAUGUCUUUUUCUAUGCAAUUGACCCACCCCCACCAACGCAAUAGUUUCUACACUUUUUUAAAAAUUAUAUCUACCCUUUUAUAUUUUUUUUUUAAAAAAAUGUUUGAUACAUCUUUUCUGAUCUGUUAACUGUGAAGUUGCAAUUUUGUUUUUGUUGGUGUGUGGAAAUGAAUUAAAAGAUUUUAAAAAGUUAAA